GAUGGGGGGGCUGCCGGCGGGUGCCUAAGCCUGAGGGCGUGUGGGCACCGCCAGAGCUAAGGUCUGACCCGUGAUAUCACUGCAGCGCAACCAGGGCCUGGGCAGGAGGCCUGGGACAUGUGGGGAGCAGACUGUGAACUUCCCUUCCAGCCCCAUAGAUGGUUGUUUCUAGUCUCCCGGGGCCCUUUGGGUGGGGCCCCUUGUUCCUCGAACUGUUCCCGUUUUCCCCUCUGGGUCAAGGGAACUGGCGCGAGGACUCAGAUCCGUUCGCCCUCCAGUGCUACUGGGGGCCUGCAGAACCAAACCGGUCUAGGGAGCCGCCCCAAGAGCCCGGCCUCGCUCAUGGCUCCGGGUUACGGAACUAGAGAGUGAAAGUGGAACUGAGCAGGAAGCAGCCAGCCGGGCUCUGUGCAGAGCCAGACACGCAGAGAGCCAGCGAGGCGGCGGGGGACACCCAGAGACAACCGGAGAAAUUGAAUUAACCGCAGGGUCUGCGCUGGAGUCUGCUCACCAGACUCCUGACCCAGUGGAUCUCCCCAAGCCUGCGGGAUCAGGGGGAUGGAGCAACUCCGGGAGGACGUCACCUGCUCCAUCUGCUUGAACGUGUUCAGCGACCCCGUCUCCAUUGAGUGUGGCCACAACUUCUGCCGGGGCUGCCUCUUGACUCACUGGAGCGAGGGCUCAGUCCAGGGGCACCUCUGCCCGGAGUGCCGGGCUCCCUUCUCCAGGGACAGGAUGAUCCCAGACACACGUGUCAAAAACCUGGUGGAGAAAAUCACCAAGCCUCAGCAGGAAGAGCCGGAGCCGCAGGGGCCGGGGGCUCAGCCGGAGCCGGGGGGCCCGGUGCAGCUGGUGCGUCUGGACGAGGAAGAGAAUCUGAUCCUGGACGAGGAGGCCCUGAGACGCUGCCUGGAGCAGGGUGGGGUGGGGAACUCCCCCGUCUGUGUGGUGUCCAUUGUCGGGGAGCAGCGCUGCGGCAAAUCCUUCCUGAUGAACUACCUGCUGCGCCGGCUCCGGAGCCUGGACGCGAGGGACGGGUCGUGGAUGGGCCGGGAGGACGAGAUCCUGGAGGGGUUCGAGUGGCGCGCGGAUGAGGAGCGAGUCACCAACGGGGUGUGGGCGUGGAGUCAGCCGAUCUGGGUCCCCACCCAGGGCAGGAAGGUGGCCGUGCUGCUGGUGGACACCGAGGGCUCCAUGGACAUUGCAAUAGAGAAGGAGACCAGCAUCAAACUCUCCGCCUUCUCCAUGCUGCUCAGCUCCUACCAGAUACUGAAUAUUUCGAAUAAAGUGAACGACACGGAUCUUGAAUACCUGGAGAUGUUUGUGCGUGUGGCCGAAGAGGUGGGAAAAGCGUACAGACUGGAGCCCAUUCAGCAUCUAGACCUGCUGGUGCGGGAUUGGAGCAGCUCCCUGGUCCUUGGAACGGACGGUGGGAAGCAGCAUCUGAAACACGUCCGAAAGAAGCUGGAGGCGAGGUCCCCUUGCAAACACCCCAAGGCCCUGGAAGCGCUGAAGAGAAGCAGCAGCCGCUGUUACCUGAUGCCCUUCCCUGGCAAGCGGAUCACGAGGGGGAGCGAGGGAAGGCUGAGAGACAUGGAUGAGGAUUUCCGGGAGAGCCUGAGGGACUACGUCACCGCCCUGGUGAGCACGGCAGGUCAACAUGUCCGGCUGGACCAGCAUGGGGAGAUGCUCACUGGGACACAGCUUGCUGCCAAGAUAAAGAAUUUAUCUGAUGUGAUGAAGAACCAUCGCUCCGGCUUCUCCUCUCCCUGUCAGAUGGCCAUCACCUUCCACAACCAGAGAGUCCUGGACAGGGCCAGCGCAGACCAUGCUGUGUUUCUGAAGGAGAAGGACAGCCUGUCCCUGCGCAUGGUCGACUGUCUGACGGUGGAUCCGAGCGCAAUGGCGGAGCAGUUCAAGGAGCAGCGCAGGUCACUGCUGGAGCGGUGCCGGGAGGAGCUGAAGGAGCCGGAGGAGGCCCUGCUGACGGGGCUAGAGGCUGAGCUGACUCGGGAGGCCGAGACCUUCCUGGAGACCUACCGAAAGCGCUAUCAAUCUCACACCACCAACCAGAGAGCCCUGGCCAGGGCCCGCGCAGCCCACACUCAGUUUCUGCAGGAGAAGGACACCGACUCCAGGAACCCACUUAAAUGCCUGAAGGUGAGGCCAGGCAAGAUGGCCGAGCAGUUCACAGAGUGGCGUGGGGACUUGCUGGGGCGGUUCUGGACAGACAUGCUGCUGAGGGAAGAGGCCCUGGGGAUGGAGCUGGAGGUGGAGCUGAGGCAGAAUAAAGAGGCCCUGCUGACGGAGCUGGAGAAGGAGCUGAUGCAGGAGAAAGAGGCCCUGCUGAAGGAGCUGGAGGAGGAGCUGAUGCAGGAGGCCGAGACCUUCCUGGAGACCUACAGGAAGCGCUUCAAGAUAUUUGCCAUUUCAGUGGGCGUUGCCGUGGGGGGGGUGGUCCUGGCACCAGUGGGUGGAGGUGCUGCUGCAGGAAUUGCCGCUGGUGCAAUUGCUGCUGAAGCUGCGGCGCUCGGCAUAGCUGGGGCGGUUGGCAUUGGUGUUGGGACGGGUGCUGUGGCUGGGGCAUGCGUGGGUGGAGGCGUGGGAUGGGGAGUUGGUAAGAAGAUGGCCCAGAACAAUACGAACCGGGCUGAGGGCAUCGCCAGCCAAGGGGAGGAGGAGGACAGCACUGAGGAGCUGUCUGAUAUGGCCCCCCUGAUCUGAACAGCGCCCCCCCCGACCCAAUCUGGGGGUGAUGAAUGCGGUGACAGGGCUGUAGCGUGGCCCAGACAUGUCAACCACAAACCACUCCACAGCGGGGCAGCCGUCGCCCACAGAUUCUAAGAAGGGACUUUGGUCCAACCCGCUCCUGAAAACCUCCAAUGACUGUGUGACACCCAGGCCCAUCGCUGGCGGCGGGUUCAGUGCCCUGUGUCAGCAACUCCUAACAGGCCGGACAAACUCGCUGCACCUAACACACCGCUGUCAUGGUAUUUAGCCACAAAUAGUGUCUUGUAAUGCAUCGAAUGCAUCCCAGGAGCACACGGUAUUGAUAUCUGUGUGAAAUGUAGGCCCUGUCAUGAGGUGAGGAGCUACGCGUACAUGUGCAUAUGGAAAACACGUUUUCAAGUCUGAAUAAAGGCAGGGUCAGCAGACAAGUU